GCGAGACUAGUACAGCGCAGCGGCGAACGAGGGACAGCAGGAAGGGAAACCUUAGUUAAGGGGGGCUCCGCGGCCGAGGACGGGCAGCGAGAGACCCUUGUGCGCGCCCACUUCGCCUGGGCCCGCGCCUCAUCGUGUGCACAUGCGUAGAACGAUGACCAGGAUUGGUGUGUGGAACGGUCUCCACCUCUCGUCGCCACCAAUCUGGACGCGCCGGGGGUGGGCCUUAACCCUCUGACAAUCUGCGCGCGCACUUCGCUGGGCGCGCUUUUCUUCCAGCAAUGGAGUCGGAGCUGGUCCGCCGCCUUGCCCCACGCCUCGGCCUUGCGGAGCCGAGUGUACUGAGGAAAGCAGAGGAAUUCCUGCGGCUGUCUAAGGUGAAGUGUGUCGGUCUGUCUGCACACAGCUCAGAAACCAGCAAUGCUGUCAUAUGCCUGGACCUUGCAGCUUCCUGUAGGAAGUGCCCCUUGGAUAGAGCGUAUUUAAUUAAGCUCUCUGGUUUGAACAAGAAGAUGUAUCAGAGCUGUCUUAAAUCUUUUGAGUGUUUACUAGGAUUAAAUUCAAAUGUUGGAAUAAGAGACCUCGCUGUACAGUUCAGCUGUACAGAAGCAGUGAACUUGGCUGCAGAGAUACUGCAGAGCUACGAGUCUGGUCUUCCUGAAACACAGCGAGCAGAUCUUGACUUGUCCAGGCCGCUUUUCACCACUGCCUCACUACUCUCUGCUUGCAAAAUUCUAAAGAUAAAGGUGGAUAAAACUAAAAUGAUAACUACAUCUGGUGUGAAAAAGGCAAUAUUUGAUCGACUGUGUAAGCAGCUAGAAAAGAUUGGGCAGCAGAUUAACAAAAUAGAAGUAAUAGAAACCCCACAUAAACUACCGAAAGAUGAAGAUCUGACACAGGAUUAUGAAGAAUGGAAAAGGAAGAUUUUAGAAAAUGCUGCCAAAGCUCAGACAGCCACAGCGGAGUGAUUUCCAUUUCACUGCAGUCCUGUGCUUCUGUCUGGGAGAUGAAGGGUGUGGAUGUCUUCUCUAAGCCUGAAUUCCAGGUGUGCUGAGGAGUGUCUCAAGACGGAGGAUGCUAUCACUGGGCACCUCACAUGGACAUUAGAUCAACCAUAUUGCCUCUGUAGACUCAGAUCUGUCCUCUCCUAUGGGGUGAAAUUGGGACUAUUUUUGCGUCUAUGUGUUACAUUUAAGGAAAUUUCCUGACUAAACCUAGAAUGCAAAUUUCAACCUGAAAUACAUCUCAGACAUUUUAUUUGUUUUUGUGUUUUUUAAAAUUUUAUUUCACUAAAUCAA